AUGAAGUUCCUCUCCCUCCUGGCAGCCGCUGCCCCCGCCAUCGCAACCGGCAUCAACGACUUCUCCUGCCGCAGCGAAUCCCACCCCAACCCCAUCAUCUUCCUGCACGGCCUCGGCGCCACCUUCUACGAAGACAUCAACUUCCUCCAAGGCUGGCUGCAGGCAAAGGGGUACUGCACCUACGCGCGCACCUACGGCGACUACCCGCUCUUCCCGUUCGUAGGCGGGCUAAAGUCCAUUUCCGAGUCGGCGGGCGAAAUCGCCGACUACAUCGUCGAAGUAGCCAACAAGACGGGUGCAGGCAAGAUCGAUCUGGUGGGCCACUCGGAGGGCGCGUUUCAGACGCUGUACGUGCCCAAGUUUGAGCCUGUCGCGCCGAUGCUGGAUAAGCUUGUUGCGAUUGCGCCGCCGACGCGGGGCACGAAUUUCGCGAAUAUUUAUGAUCUGGCGUAUAUCCUGGGUAACACGACGCGGGAGGUGAUCGGCGAUGUGUUGGAUCUGGUUGGGUGUCCUGCGUGCAAUGAUCUGGGGCCUGAUGGGCCGGCCGUGGAAAAGUUGAACGAUGGGAAGCCGAUUGUGCAAAAGGGGAAUUCGUUGACGGUGAUUGCGUCGCGGCAUGAUGAGUUGGUGACACCGACGUCGACUUCGUUUGUGCAUGAGGAUGGAGUCGCGAAUUGGUGGGUUCAGGAUACGUGCGAGUGGGAUCCUGUUGGCCAUAUUGGGGAAGCGUAUGAUCUGAAUGUGUGGAAUCUGGUCAAGAAUGCGCUGGACGGCACGCCGGGCCGUAACUUUACUUGUGUUUUGGGAUCGCCGGGGAAAUGA